AUUCGGCUCCGCUCCCAAAAGGCACCGCCCUCCCCAGGAAAAAUAAUACCUUUCCGGCAAAAUGGCGGCGCCCACAAGUGCGGGCGACGUGGAAGUGGGGCUGGCGUCGGUGUUUCCGCAGGAGAUCGGCCUGUUCUCUGACGCUUUCCCCGUGGAGACCCGUUACAGGCUGUGCGGACACGAGCUGAGCAUUGCUCAGUAUUACGGGGCACGGCUGGGUGUCGCUGCCCCGGUCUGGGAGGCGGCUUUAACUCUCUGUGAAUACUUCGAGGCACAGAAGCUGAACUUUUGGGGCAAGAAGGUCAUAGAACUUGGUGCUGGGACAGGCAUGGUGGGCAUUAUUGUAUCUCUCCUUGGGGGUGAUGUGACCAUCACAGAUCUUCCUGUGGCCUUGAAGCAAAUAGAGGAGAAUGUCCACCGGAACUUGCCUGGGAAGUGCAUGGCUCGAACCAGAGUUUGUGCUCUAUCAUGGGGUCUGGACCACAAGGAGUUUCCCCAAAAUUAUGACUUCAUUUUGGGUGCAGACAUUGUCUAUCUCAAGGAUACGUACCCCUUGCUGAUCAGGACUCUCCAGCAUCUAUGUGGUGAUCAGUCUACUAUCUAUCUGUCUUCCAAAAUGAGACAGGAACACAGUACUUCACUGUUUUUUGAGACGCUGCUUCCAAUGCACUUCAGCUCUACCUUGGCAUUUAGGGAUGAGGUUGAGAAUAUUAACAUCUUCAAAGUGACCAAGAAAAAUAGCAUUGAGCAGUGAGUUUCACUGUUCAACAUAUAAAAUGUGCCUUUUGUGGUUGUCUUUUUUUUUUUUUUUGAAGAUUUACUAAUGCAAAAGUCUUAAUGGGCAACCACCAGUUCAUGCUAGCUACUGUGCAAUGCCUACCAGUGGAUGUUGAUGGCUAAAAUUCUAUUGGUUGGAGUAGCAAGUAGCACAAGAGUAGGCUUAUUGAAUUAGGGGAUAUUUGGUGAGUUAACUCCUUCGUAUGUUCCAUUUAUUCAAAUGAGCCUCCUCCAAUUUCCUUGCUGUUCUACUGGAACUUAUUUAAAAAAAAUAACAAAGGGGGCAGCCACAUUACAAUUUAUUACACAUUUUGUCCCCAUUUGAGUGGUCAGAUUUGAUCUGAUCAUCAGUGACUACAAAAUGUACAGAUAAUCAUGAUUCAGCCAGAUCCUUUUCUAUGCUAUCAGCACUUUUGGAUCAGCGGCAGGAGAUAACUGGUGUUUUUUUAACAUGAGUCAAAUCACUCUGUUUUAGUUUAGUUCCUAGCCUCUGUGAUCACUAGUAUGGAACCAAAGUGGCACUGGUGGGUGCAUCCUUAGGGUGAUGGUGACAUGGUCAGCUGGAUGCUUGCAUUACUAUAUGUAGUAGGAACACUCCCCACGUCUUCUGAUUUUGUCCUCCCCUCCCCCCCCCCGUAGAAUCCACUUGGAUUUGGAAAGACCAAUCCAGCCUGAGAUAGCUCAGUUGUCUAGUCACCCAGAUUUACCUCUAAUGCUGUCCUUGCUCAAAAAUAGACCAUUAAAUGAAACAAAAGACAAGGAAUCCAAGGUUUACCGAACUGCCUUUUAACCAUAAUGCCUUUUCUCCUUUUGAGAGAUACUUUUUCGUAAGCAUUUUGUGUCUUUAUAAAAAUAGGGAUAUAAUAUUUCUGCAAGGGUGUUAUUUAAAAAUAAGACUCAACAUUAAAUUGUGUGUGCCUAGCCACUAUGUAUUUCUCUUUCAAAACAAUGUAUUAUCUCAUUCUUAACUUCUAGGGACUCAGCUUUCAGUUCAGUAUGUAUGACAUCUUAAGAAAGCUAUGUACAUGAAUGCUUUGGAUGAAGUUUCAUUCAACAUUAAUUAUAUAAACUGUUGCAAGCAAUAUUCUCUUGUGGCUCCUUUUCUACAGUGCAUUGUAUGUGAAAAUACCCUGCUUCCAUGGUUCUGAGAGAAUACUAGAAUUGUGCUUCUCAAAUAAAUGGAUGGCUGUGGG